UCUAGGCGCUGGAGAAAAACUUCAUCCGCGCCCACAGGCCCCUUUUCCGCAGGCUGCGCUGGCGGCCCAGGUUUGCAGGCCGGAAGUGAAACGUUCUUUUUUGAUUUUUUAAAAAGGAAGCCUCCGGCCCUACGGUUUUCUGGGGUUAGGGUGGAUACGUGUGCUGGGGGAGGCGGAGACGUCCCGCUCCAGGCAGGGCCUCGAGUCUCAUAGGUGGGGAAAUCUCACUGCCAAAUAGGAGGCCUUUCGGAGCCUCAGUGUCCCCAUCUGCAGACUGGGCUCUGACUUCUGGCUUAAGAGGGUGUGUGAGAGUAAAAGGAGACGGCUAGCCCCGUGCCGGGAGACACGUCAGCCAUGUCAUCUGAGCCUCCCCCACCACCACAGGCCCCCGCCCAUCAAGCUUCAGUAGGGCUGCUGGACACCCCUCGGACCCGCGAGCGCUCGCCAUCCCCUCUGCGGGGCAACGUGGUCCCAAGUCCACUGCCCACUCGCCGGACAAGGACCUUCUCAGCGACGGUGCGGGCUUCACAGGGCCCCGUCUACAAAGGAGUCUGCAAAUGCUUCUGCCGAUCCAAGGGCCACGGCUUCAUUACCCCAGCUGAUGGUGGCCCCGACAUCUUCCUGCACAUCUCUGAUGUGGAAGGGGAGUAUGUCCCAGUGGAAGGCGACGAGGUCACCUAUAAGAUGUGCUCCAUCCCGCCCAAGAAUGAGAAGCUGCAGGCUGUGGAGGUUGUUAUCACCCACCUGGCACCAGGCACCAAGCAUGAGACCUGGUCCGGACACGUCGUCAGCUCCUAGGAGAUGCUGGAAGCACCCCUUCUCCUGUGCUUGUGGGAGACUUUGCGGGGAGGAGGCGGCAGACACUCGAGGUGACAUUCUUCCAUACGAGACGGGGCUUCGGAGGGGCAUGGUCCCUUUCAAGUAUGUCCUGGAGGAAGGGGUGUUGGAGGCAGGUGUGGGGUGUUCCGGCCACCAGCACAGCCUCUGACCAUCACAACAACCUCUCACCAUCUGAAGAGCAUUAAAAGCAUUUAAAAAGGA